GGGGUUUAUCCAGUUGAUUUCUGUCUGCAACAUUUCCUACAGACAAACGAAAAUUACUUCCAUUUUCUUCAUUUCUAGCUAAGCCCUUACUCAAUUCUUAGAUCCCUGCAAGUACUAUUGGAGUUUGGAAUUUACUUUUUAGCUCUGUUUCUCUUCUCUCAAAUUUUCUUCCUGUUCUUGCUAAGCCAAAUUUCUUCAUGUAUCCAUGAAUUAUCUAUACAAUUAUGUUCGGCUCCUGUUGAUAUAUUCUGGGUCCUGUGUAAUUUGUUGAAGAACUUCACUUUUCAUUUGUUUGUGGUUGAAGUAAAUAGUGACCACAACCUGUUUGUUUAAUUGUUUCAAUGGCUUCUUUGGUUUCCACUCUCAAAUGUUAUCCAUGGGUUCUUCCACAAAACCCAACUUCUUGUUUGUCUCAGAAACAAUCUCUAUUACUUCCAAUUCCAUCUCUGCACCGUUACGAUGAGUUCAAGGCGACAGCUUCCUCUGCGGUAGUAUCCAGUUUGAACCCAUUUUCUACAUUAUCUUCUCUUUAUACCCAUGAGCUUCUACCAAAUUUCACUUCAGAAGAUUUCCUCGGUGUACUUCAGCGACAAAAGAACUCGGAUUCUUUAAUGAGUCUGUACGAAUGCGCGUCAAACCAGCCGAAUUUUGUUCAAACUUCUGACAUAUAUGAAGAAAUACUUCAACAGCUUGGUGCUUUUGGGGAUUUUGAUUCGAUGAAGCGUGUACUUCAUGACAUGAAAAGUUCCGGGUGUGAGAUUAAUCAAGGUAAUUUUCUUAUCUUUAUUGAAAGUUAUGUGAAAUUGAAUUACUUUGAUGAAGCUGUUGGUGUGCUAACAUUUAUGAAUGAAGAAUUUGGGUUGGAACCAGAUACGUACACAUAUAAUUACUUGCUGAAUGUUCUUGUUGAUGGGAAUAAGUUGAAACUUGUUGAGUCUGUUCAUUCAGACAUGAAUGAUAGAGGGAUUAAACCGGAUGUUUCGACUUUCAAUAUCUUGAUAAAGGCUUUGUGUAAAGCUCACCAAAUUAAGCCUGCCAUUUCUAUGAUGGAAGAGAUGCGGAAGCGUGGUUUGGUCACAGAUGAGAGAACAUUCACAACCCUCAUGCAGGGUUUUAUUGAAGACGGAAAUAUGGAAGGAGCUUUGAAAAUUAAAGAUAAAAUGGCGAAGGUCGGCUGCCAGUUUACUAACAUAACCAUUAAUGUUCUGAUUCAUGGGUUCUGCAAACAGGGUCAAGUAGAGGAAGCUCUGAGCUUUAUACAAGAUAUGGCUGAGGAGGGUUUUCGUCCUGAUAAAUACACCUUCAACACUUUGGUUAAUGGCCUUUGCAAGGCCGGACAUGUCAAGCAUGCUUUAGAAAUUCUGGAAUUAAUGCUUCAAGAGGGAUUUGAUCCUGAUAUCUUCGCUUACAAUACUUUGAUAUCUGGGCUUUGUAAGUCUGGUGAUAUUGAAGACGCCUUGGAGGUUCUGAAUUUGAUGGUAUUGAGAGAUUGUUUCCCAAAUACUGUUACAUAUAACACUCUCAUCAGCACCAUGUGUAAAGAAAAUCGUGUAGAAGAAGCCACAAAGCUGGCUCUUGGUCUUUCCGAGAAGGGACUGUUACCUGAUGUAUGCACAUUCAACUCACUUAUAGAUGGUCUCUGCACAUCUGGAAACCAUAGGAACGCAAUGGAACUUUUCAGGGAUAUGAAGAAUAAGGGAUGCCCGCCAGAUGAGUUUACAUACAAUAUCUUGAUUGAUAGUUUCUGUAACAGAGGAAGACUCGAAGAAGCAUUGGACCUACUGAGAGAAAUGGAAAAGAAUGGUUGUGCCCGGAAUGUGAUAACAUAUAACACUCUGAUUGAUGGACUUUGCAAGAGCCGAAGAAUCAAAGAAGCAGAAGAGAUCUUUGACCAGAUGGAACUUCAAGGGGUUUCAAGGAACUUGAGGACGUAUAAUUCUCUCAUUGAUGGUCUAUGCAAGAACAAUAGAGUGGACGAAGGACUUAUACUCAUGGAUCAGAUGAUAUUGGAAGGACGGAAACCUGACAAGUUUACUUAUAAUUCAUUACUCACUCACUAUUGCAGAGACGGAAAUAUAAAGAAGGCAGCAGAUAUUGUUCAAGUGAUGACUUCUAAUGGCUGUGAACCAGAUGCAGUCACCUAUGGAACCCUGAUUAGUGGCUUGUGUAAGGCGGGUAGAGUUGACAUUGCGAGUAGGCUUCUUAGGACAAUCCAGUUAAAAGGAUUUGUCCCAGCACCACAAGCAUAUAACCCAAUAAUUCAAGCACUUUAUAGAAAACAGAGGCUUAAAGAAGGCAUGCGUCUUUUCAGAGAAAUGGAGAGUGGUAAUCCUCCAGAUGCCAUCACUUAUAAGAUUGUUUUCCGUGGUCUUUGUUCUGGUGGGGGACCUAUUGCAGAAGCCGUUGAUUUUGCGAUUGAGAUGACAGAGAAAGGUUACAUACCAGAAUUCUCCUCGUUCUCUAUGUUGGCUGAAGGUCUUUGUGCUUUAUCCAUGGAAGACGAACUGAUUAACCUUAUUGAUCUUGUGAUGAAUAAAGCAAACUUUUCAGAGAAUGAGAUAUCUAUGGUAAUGGGUUUUCUUAAAAUUCGCAAGUAUCAGGAUGUGUUGGCAAAUUUCGACCACAUCUUGAGCAUCCGACAACCAAGGAGGUCUUACAGAAGAUGAAGUUGCAAUAUGGACUUCUGCUUAGUAAACGAAACUAACACAGAAAUAAAUAAAGUGCAGAUGAUUUGGCCCCUUGAAUGGGAUAUCAUUCUUGGUUAGUCCUUGCAUCACCAGUGGAGUUGGUUUCCAAGGGUAAGUUGUAUUUUAUAAGAACCUCACUAAAGGUAUUGUACUGAGGAUAUAGCUAAGUAUGCUCUAAUUUUUGCGUUGGCUGUUUUUAAAUUGAAACGAAGCAAGUAUGGAAUUUCGUGUAGAUGUGUUGAUUUGCUAGGAACAAAUUUUUGAGGAAUAUGAAUUAAGACUUUGGAAAGAAAUAGAAUCUAAACACGGUACCCAUUUUUUUUUUUUUUUGUGAAUCUGUGAUUGUUUGACGUUUUCAAUUUCUUGCUCCGUAGACUUAGUAGUAGCUCUUUGUUUCAUAUUUUCAAUUUGCUCCACCGUCUCUAGCCAUUUGUUUCAAAUCUGCUAACACUGUGAAACUGGGUUGCAUAAGGGUAAACACUAAUUAAUUGUAUAACCUGCUGUAAGUUGCUUCCAAAAAUGACCCAGGAUUGAAGCCAGGAUAAAACUAUGAAUUUGCGCAACAAAGAGAAAACUCACUGGAUCAAAUUCCAGCAUUGGAGCUUGGACUUUUGAAAGCCCGUCAUCCUUUGCUGGACGAAGUAGAUGUUACUAUUAUAAGAGACGCUAUAAGUAAUGUUUAUGUCACGUGUAAGAAACUGUACUGGUUUCUUACAGCUGACAUAAAUGUCACUUGUAGUGUCUUAUAUAUAUAACAACAAAUCCUUCAUAAAGUUUAUCUCUAGUUGAAAGCAUAUAAUCUGAUGAAGCUAAGAAUUCGUAUACGACUCCAAUCUUUCCAAGUACGAUGCUUUAAAGACAUAUGAUCUGGAUCCACCCGAAGAAGGGUGAUGAUGUUGUGUAUCAGAGAGUUUGUGAUGAUGGUGGUGUGAUUUCAUUAGAUUGGUCUGUGAAUUUGGAUUUGGGAGAAGGCCAUGGGUUAGAUACAACAAUGUUGCUUGUAUCUGGUACACCCCAAGGGAGUGGUGGUAAGGAUGUGAAGUUGUUUGUUGGGAAGACGAUUAAACGGGACGUUUUCCGAUUGUAAAAAAUCCUAGAGGUUCUGCUGGUUCUCCACUUACUGCCCCAAGUAGGCUAAAGCCGCUAAAAUGCUACUGAUGCUCACACGCACUCUUCCAAGGAAGAACAAAGAAGCUCGGUGUGGAAAAAGCUCUAGCAGCCACCUCACCACGUGAUUUUGAUCAGGCUAUAUCUAUGGUUCCCUGAUUUGGAACAAAGAAGACCAAUGUAUCAGUAUACAAUAUGACAGUCAUGGUUGGAAUGAGUGUCAGUGUCACUACGACUUGUCAUGCCAUGGAUCUAGAGCCUUGCUUGUUGGGGAUUUUACCUUAUGUGCGACUCUUUGUAAUCCAAAAUUUUGACUAGCACAAUUAGGAUUUCUGGUAAAGCUUAUGCUAACAUCGAGAUCAAAUCUCAUUAGCCUGUAAAAGGCUCUUCAUUAAAAAUGGUAGAAUCUUAGUUUAUUUGCCAGUUA